AUGGCUCCCGUCACCCAGAAGAAGACCGGCAAGCAGGCCAAGACCACGAAGAAGUUCGUGAUCAACGCCUCGCAGCCCGCCAGCGACAAGAUCUUCGACACCGCCGCCUUUGAGAAGUUCCUCCAGGACAAGAUCAAGGUCGAUGGCCGCGUCGGCAACCUCGGCGACCAGAUUGAGAUCAAGCAGGUCGGCGAGGGCAAGGUCGAGAUCACCGCCCAGAACGAGCUCUCCGGCAGAUACCUCAAGUACCUACUGACCUUUGUCACCCCUCACCCUCCCUACAGGACCAAGAAGUUCCUCAAGAAGAACCAGCUCCGUGACUGGCUCCGCGUCGUCUCCACCUCGCGCGGUGUCUACGAGCUCAAGUUCUUCAACGUCGUUAACGACGAGGCUGAUGAGGACGACGAGUAA